AUGCCUCCUCUCGUCAGCCUGUCGUCUGUCUUGCCACGAGUCUGCUGGUACUCGGCAAAACCCAAAGCUUCUUUUCUGAAGGCAACCUCCGGCUCUGUUCUUCGUUCUUCUCUUUCGACUUCUUCUUCUUUGAAGGAUACUCGUUCGCCGUUAUCUACCGCUUCGCGUUCACCGACUCCCACCACUAUAACUACAUUUACACGCUCCGGAUUCCCCUCCAUUGUCGCUCGAUCUGCGACGUGUCUACCUCAAAUCUCGAAAAGAUAUUGCUCUUAUCGCAGAAUGUGUCGCUCCAGACAUGCAGAUGAGAGCUUUGGCUCGACAAAUACCGUCGGUCGUGAGGUGUUGCCGACCAAUGUCAAGCCAGUGCAUUAUGACCUGACGCUGGAGCCGGACUUCGAAAAGUUUACCUACGAGGGAACUGUGAUUAUUGAUCUCAACGUCAAUGAAGACACAAACUCCAUCUGUCUCAACACCAACGAGCUCGAAAUCCAUUCCAGCCAAGUUCUCGUCGAUGGCAGCGUCAUCGCCUCUUCUCCCACCAUUUCCUUCGAUAAGGAUAAACAAGUCACCACCGUCAGCUUCAAUGAGACCAUCCCCGCCGGAUCGAAGGCUCAAUUGAAGCAGACAUUUACCGGUAUCUUGAACGAUAACAUGGCGGGUUUCUAUCGUUCUUCCUACAAGACGGCCAACGGCGGAACAGGGUAUAUUGCUUCGACACAAAUGGAGCCUACAGAUGCGCGUAGAGCGUUCCCCUGUUUCGAUGAGCCAGCGCUCAAAGCCGAGUUUUCGGUAACUUUGGUUGCUGAUAAGCACAUGACUUGUCUCAGCAAUAUGGAUGUUGCUUCUGAGUCGGAGGUCGACUCAAAGAUUACCGGUGGCAAGAGGAAGGCGGUUAAAUUCAACAAAUCACCGGUCAUGUCUACCUAUCUGUUAGCUUUCAUUGUCGGUGAAUUGAAGUGCAUUGAGACAAACAGCUUCCGUGUCCCUGUGCGAGUUUUCGCGACUUUGGACCAGGACAUUGAGCAUGGACGUUUCUCGUUGGAAUUGGCCGCUAAAACUCUUGCGUUCUACGAAAAGGCUUUUGACAACGAAUAUCCUCUCCCCAAGAUGGAUAUGGUUGCCAUUCCGGACUUCAGUGCCGGUGCUAUGGAGAACUGGGGGUUGGUCACUUAUCGUGUUGUCGACUUGCUUCUCGACGAGAAAUCGACUAGUGCCUCUGUCAAGGAACGUGUUGCCGAGGUUGUGCAGCACGAAUUGGCUCAUCAGUGGUUCGGUAACUUGGUGACUAUGGACUUCUGGGAUGGUUUGUGGUUGAAUGAGGGAUUUGCCACUUGGAUGUCGUGGUACUCGUGCAAUGCUUUCUAUCCCGAGUGGAAGGUCUGGCAGACCUACGUUAUCGAUAACCUUCAAAGUGCUCUCUCGCUUGACUCGCUGCGAAGCAGUCAUCCCAUUGAAGUGCCGGUGAAGCGCGCCGACGAGAUUAACCAGAUUUUCGAUGCGAUCUCGUACUCCAAGGGUUCGUCCGUGCUUCGUAUGAUCUCCAAGUAUUUGGGCGAGGACGUUUUCCUCCAAGGUGUGCGUGACUAUAUCAGGAAACACGCUUAUGGCAACACACAGACCGGCGAUCUUUGGGCUGCCUUGGCAAAGGCUAGCGGUAAACCCGUCGAACAGGUCAUGGACGUGUGGACCAAGCAUGUUGGAUUCCCAGUUGUCCAAGUCACUGAGAAUGCCGACAAGGGUACACUGAACAUCAAGCAAAACCGUUUCCUGCGAACUGGCGAUGUCACGUCCGGGGAAGACGAGACGAUCUACCCUGUUUUCUUGGCUUUGAGGACAAAGGAAGGCGUUAUCGAUGAUCUUGUGUUGGACAAGCGUGAGUCAGAGUUCAAGGUGCCUGAUCUUAAUUUCUUCAAGGUCAAUGCUGAUCAUUCGGGUAUUUACCGAACAUCAUACACUCCCGAGCGUUUGGAGAAGCUGGGACAGGCAGCCAAGGCAGGAUUGUUAACUGUUGAGGAUCGCGCUGGUAUGGUCGCCGAUUCUGGUGCAUUGGCAUCUGCCGGAUACCAAAAGACCUCGGGCUUGCUGUCUCUUCUCAAGGGCUUCAACACCGAGUCUGAGUUCAUUGUCUGGAAUGAGAUGCUCACUCGGAUUGGAAGCUUGCGUGCAGCGUGGUUGUUUGAGGACAAGAAAACUCGCGACGCACUUAAAGCGUUCCAGCGCGCUAUCACCAGCGAAAAGGCGCACCAACUCGGAUGGAAGUUUUCAGUCUCCGAUGACCACGUCCUACAACAAUUCAAAGCUCUCAUGUUUGGAAGCGCCGGAUCAGCCGGCGAUCCAACCAUUGUCGCCGCUGCUCAAGACAUGUUCAAGCGUUACGUCGAGGGUGACCACAGUGCAAUCCACCCCAACAUUCGCGGUAGCGUGUACAACAUCGUCCUGAAGAACGGCGGCGAGAAGGAAUACAACGCUAUUCUGGAGAUCUUCCGCACUGCGGCUACAUCCGACGAGAAGAACACCGCUCUCCGCAGUCUCGGCGCCGCCGAGGAUAUCAACCUCGUGCGCAGAACCCUUGAUCUCGCUACAAACGGCGAAGUCAGGAACCAGGAUGUGUACAUGCCUCUUUCCGCACUUCGGAACCACGUUACUGGUGUCGAGGAGCGAUGGAAGUGGUUGACGGAGAACUGGGACACGAUCCUGACCCGGUUCCCGCCUUCAUUGGGCAUGCUGGGUAAUAUUAUCCAGAUAUCGUCUGUUGCAUUCAACACGGAGGAGCAGUUCAAGGAGGUUGAGGCUUUCUUUGCUCCUAAGGAUACCAAGGGCUUCGACCGAGCUGUUAGUCAGAGUCUGGAUGCUAUCCGGGCCAAAGCCCAUUGGCUGAAACGGGAUCGUGAAGAUGUUGAGCAGUGGCUCAAGACGAAUGGCUAUUUUGAUGUUGGCCAGAAGCUAUAAUUUGUCUAAGCAUGAUCAAAAAGUAGCUAUAGAAUAGCUUGCUAGCAUUUAUAUGAAUGCAAGAUACGAUGUAAAAUAUUCAUCGCGGUCUAAUUGGCAAAUAGCAUUGAUAGAUCU